GAUACCAAGGACGCAACUCCUAGGAGAGGGUAAAGUUUUGAAGUGAAACCCCAGGGACCAAAACACACGGAGAAAAAUAAGAGUCUAAAUAAGGAUCAGGACCAAAAGAAAGGAACUGUGAAAAAUGGAAUACAAUAGCAAGGAUGCAGAAGAAGAAACCGAUGAUGAGGAGAAGGAGGAACUGGAGGAGGAGGAGGAGGAGGAGAAGGAACGAGAGGAGGAGGUAACAUCAACCUCAGAAACAGACGAGGACAGGGAAGACCUCCCUUCUGUCAUAGUGCCUACAAUUAACAUUCGGGAGGAGCGGCUCAUCAAUUUAGCUGAAACACCAGCUUUCCUCUGUCUGCAUGAGUUGCACUCCAAGGGAAAACUUCCUGGAACCAGAAUGGCAGAGUUGAAAGCCAAGUACACCUUGCUGCACGACGCAGUGGUAAGCACGCAGGAGUCUGAGGUGCAGCUGCUGGAGAAUGCCAAGCGCUUCACUGAGCGGAUCCAGCAGCAGCAGGUCUGUCUGCAGCAGGCAGAAGACUUCCCCAACGUCUUCACCACUGAGGUCAGCAAACUUCGGGAGCAGCUGCUCAAAUACCAAAACGAAUACACUGCAGCGCAAGAAAGGGAGUACCACAUUCAGUACAGGCUGAAUAGCUUAACAGAAGAAAAGAGUAUCAUAUUAAAGGAAUUUGAGAAGAUACCUAAGCCAGGAGAAAUAGAGAAGAAGACAAAACUCCUGAAGGAAAGCACUGAAGAACUGCGCAAGGAGGUGCUCCAGAAGAGACUGGAGAUCAAAAGCUUGCGGGAAGAUGUGGUGUUCAAGCAGAAGCAAUUAGUGAAGGAGCAGAAGGAGCUAGAGGAACUGAUGGAAUAUCAGGUUGGCUUGAAGGAUGACGUGGUCCACCAUCAAAGUAUUCCUGUACAAAUUACAAAGGAGAUAGAAAAAAUGACACGCAAAAAAGUAGAAACAGAGAAGAAAAACAUUGUCUUGGAAUCUGAAUUGAAAGAGUUAAGUGACUCUUUAAAGAAGCUUGAAAACAAAGUCAACACUCUUGCAGAGGAGAGGGAUGACAUAAUGAAGGAAGUUGAGGGCAAGCGAACCUUACUAGAAGUCAAAGAACGAGAAUAUGGCCAACUGCUUAAACUAUUGGAACUAACCAAAGAGAAUGAAGCCUCCUCGCUAGCUGAAAGAGGGAUCUUGGAUAUCAAUCUACGGAACUGCCUCAUUGACAAGCAGAACUACCAUGAUGAACUUUCUCGUAAGCAAAGAGAGAAAGAACGAGAUUUUCGGAAUCUGAAGAAAACAGAGCUGCUCCUGAAAGUGUCCUUGGAUGCACUCACUCAGGCACAAGCCAUGAAUCAAAGGCUUCUACUAGAGAUGGAAGCUAUCCCGAAAGAAUACCUUUUAUUGCCUGAGCGAAGGAAAGAGCUCCACAAAGAGGUUGAUCUAGCUAAGAGAAAUCUGGCUCAACAGAAAUCUCUGUCAGAAGCUGAGGCCAAGUUAGUGGAGCAGCAGAUUGCACAGGAGAACAAACUUCUAAAGGAGCAAGAAAGCUUGCGGGAGCUGGUGUUCAACCUCGGGCGAAUGACUCAGAUCAAAAUCGAUGAGAAAGAACAAAAGGCUAAGGAUUUCCUGAAAGCCCAGCGAAGAUAUUAUGAGAUUGUUAAGGAAAUCAAAUCAAAGGACCUUGAAAUCAGGCUAUACAAGAAGAGAAAGCAUGAAAUUCAUCGGAGACUCAGAGAAUUUGCCAGCUUGUAUGAUACAAUUAGAAAUGAAAGAAACAAAUUUGUAAACCUACUUCACAAAGCUCAUCAGAAAGUAAAUGAGAUAAAAGAAAGACUCAAAAUGUCAUUAAAUGAGCUGGAAAUCUUAAGGAACAGCGCUGUCUCUCAAGAAAGAAAGCUACAAAACGCCAUGCUAAAGCAUUCCAACAACGUGACCAUCAAGGAGAGCAUGCAGAAUGAUGUGUGCAAAAUCACUGCUAAACUCCAGGAAAUGAAGGAGAAGAAGGAGGCCCAGCUGACCAGCAUGGACAGGCUGGCCAGCAUGGUCACCGUGAUCGAAGAGGAGAUGGUGCAGCUGCGAAAGAAGUAUGAGAAGGCCGUUCAGCGGCGGAACGAAAGUGGUGUUCAGCUGAUCGAGCGGGAAGAAGAAGUGUGCAUUUUUUACGAAAAAGUGAAUGUCCAAGAGAAGAUGAAACUUCAUCAGGAUGUGGAAAUCCACAUUCUGGAAGAAAAAAUCCGAUUCCUAAAACUGAGGGUGGCUGAGAAGCAAAGGCAGAUUUCUGUGACACGGAAACUAGUGCCAAUCAAGAAGUCCCUGGACGCCGACCUGGCUGUGAUCCAGAUUCAGUUUUCACAGUGCACAGACAGGAUAAAAGACCUGGAGAAACUCUUUGUGAACCCUGACAGCAAGGGCAGGGUCCGCUUCAUUAAAGGGAAAGAUCUGACUGAAGAAGAAAUGGUCAAGAAAUUAGAUAUGCUGGAACUUCAGAUAGCCAAGAAGGAGGAGAAGCUACUGGAGAAGGAUUUCAUCUAUGAGCAGGUGUCCCAGCUCACAAACAGGCUCAAAGGCAAAACUCAGGCUUGCAAGAAGGACACACUGCUCUUAGCCAAGAAGAUGAAUAGCUACCAACAAAAGAUCAAAGCUGUUACCCAGGAAAUGAUGGCUCUUGUUGCUGAGCUGUCCAUGAAGCAAGCCCUGACCAUUGAACUCCAAAAGGAGGUGAGAGAGAAAGAAGACUUCAUUUUCUCCUGCAGUGCCAGGAUAGAAAAGGGACUCCCGCUCAACAGAGAGAUUGAGAAGGACUGGCUGAAGGUGCUUCGAGAUGAAGAAAUAUAUGCCUUUGCAACUGCUGAGAAGUCUCGGGAGUACAUGGAAACGGAUUACCGGCAGCUGCCCAAUGGUGUUUACACAACUGCAGAGCAGCGUCCAAACGCCUACAUGCCUGAAACAGACACCGCACUUCCUCUGCCCAAACCAUAUGGUGCGAUGGCUCCAUUUAAGCCCUCUGAACCCGGAGCCAACAGGAGGCACAUUAGGAAACCUGUUGUAAAGCCCAUUGAAAUCUAAACAUGUGAACCAACCCAGCAGUCCUCUCACAGAGAGGGCCUGAGCCAGGCCUCAGACCUUCUGUGGAGAACCAUGAGUACCGUGGUUCUAGGGCUGCUGAUGAGCCAGGCACAGCCAACAACAGUGGGUUUCUAAAGCAGUGGUUUCCUUGUACAUUCACCAACUACUUCCUGGUGACACUGAAUGGAACAUAGACUACAGCUGUGUCAAAGGGUACUUUAAUUGUUCAUGGGUUUCUUUUUCACUGUUUAUAGUUACUACACUUCAGGAAUGUACAGUAGACAAGAUGCUGAAAAAGUACAAAAUAAAUAACUUUUCAAUGAAGUA